UUAGGGAAAGGGUUAGGGGUUUCUCUUUAGCCUCCGUAUAUACCAUUCGGAGUUUUUCAGUCGUUUUCCUUCUUUCGGAGCAGCUCGAUUCCAAAACAAGAAGAAGAUGACAGCUCCUCAAGUGAAGACCGGUUUGUUCGUGGGGUUGAACAAGGGACAUGUUGUCACCAGACGCGAGUUGGCUCCUCGUCCCCGUGCUCGCAAAGGACAAACGAGCAAGAGGACACUCUUUAUCAGAUCAUUGAUAAGGGAAGUUGCCGGUUUUGCUCCCUACGAGAAGAGAAUCACUGAGCUUCUUAAGGUUGGUAAAGACAAACGUGCUCUCAAGGUGGCUAAGCGAAAGUUGGGAACACACAAGAGAGCCAAGAGGAAGAGAGAGGAGAUGUCUAGCGUUCUCCGCAAGAUGAGGUCUGGUGGUGGUGGUGGUGGCGGUGCUACUGAGAAGAAGAAGUGAGCAUCGUAUCUCUCACAAUGACAAGUUAUUCAUAUUAUGUGUGUUUUAGUAUUUGGGAUUUGAAGAGAAUUUUGUCCAUGACUGCUUACUAUUCGUUGAAACUUGUCAUUUUAUCUUUUAUUACACCUCUGAUUUCA